GGUCAUGAAUCAAACUGAUGCUCCUCGACCCCUAAACUGGACCAUCCGGAAGCUGUGCCACGCAGCCUUUCUUCCAUCUGUCAGACUUCUUAAGGUACUGUAACUUGCCGCUUUGAAUGGCUCUAAUUAUGCUUUUCAGGUCUGAAUACCCAACUUGGGCACUUGGGCUGGGACACACCUUUGGGGGAGCACAAAUGUGUGCGGUGCUGGCUCUGUGGCUAGUGGCUGAAGAGAGGUUCUCCGCGCUCCUCACCUCCCCCACACCCCACCCCUACCCUGUGGUGUCAGGGAGGAGAGGCUGGUAUGAGCCACACUUGAGAAGGAGGUUUCGGUCUCAGAGAAUGGUCUCAGAGCCUAAGUGCCACCCCCACCCCUCUUAACCAUCCCUAAAACAGAAUUAAUUAACUUCUUUGGGAGGGUGGGAACAGGAGUGGGAGUGAAAUCUCUUACUCCCCUGUGUUUCCUUUCCGGUUUUUCUUUUCCCUCCCUGGGGAAGCCCUUCGACCCACUUUCCCUUUAAAUGGAACCUGAGAGAACAAAGGACUCUCCUCAUUAUUUUAAAAGCACUGUGUAGUUAGGUGGUCAGUCAGGUAAAGACAAAGAAUGAACCCCAUCUGAUAGUGACUUUUCUUGGUGUCCUUGUUUUUAUAAAAAGGCAUGAUAAUUUUAGUCUCCCGAGUGAAGUCAGUAGUGGGAAAGUAUUGUUAAACAUACAUUGAACGUAAGCUCUCUCUCUCUAGCAGUGAGUCACACAAAAGAACGGUACUACACCUGAGCUGGAAUUGCCACCUCGUGUCUGUGCUGCUCUUCUUUCUAGAAGCAAAUACAUUAAAGAUACUGAAAAAGUCCACACAACUUCAUAGUAAUCUGCCUUCAUCAUCUGCCUUGUAGGGAAGGAAAUACAAAUAAAAUUUAAAGGUUCUGGGGGUGAAAAGUAUUUUUGCCUAGAAAAGAGAAUGUGCUCACACUUAUUUAGGAACAGUGAAUAUCUGUGGUUGUUCUGUAGCCAUUUGAAGUUAAAAAGGCAAGGCAAAGUUCUUAAUUCUCUUUUCCAUAUUAUAUAUGAUCUUUUGAUUUAAUUACCACUGGGCGCUGAGUCCAGUGGGCUACAAUGGAGGAUUAAUGGAUUAUCCCCAGAUAAAUUAUGCUUGUAGAAAUUUGUCUGAGGCUGGGUUCUGGUCAGGUCAAGUUUGAUGUGGACAGUUGGUUCCAUACUGCUAAGUGGCUCCUUGCAACAGUGUUCCUCAUCCUCUGCAUUUUCCUUAUCCUGUUAAACACAAAAUGGUUUUAACUUUCACAAAGGCUGCCCCCAAGUGCUGUUCAAACCCCCAUCAUAUGGUUGUCAUGGUGACAGCUUGCUUUCCCUUAAGGAAUAUUGAGAAGGAAGGUCAGGUUUGGGCAGGAAGAGCCAAAGGAAGAGAAGCUUCUUUGGAUAUGUAUGUUUUUGCUGUAUUGGAACAACAUGUGUGAUAGGGCAAGAAAAAGAAUGCGGCCACAGAAUUAGCAAAUGAAUAUAGAUUUUCCUCCAUAAUCACUGCUGAAUCAAGGGUCUGAGGCAAAGAAUGUUUUGGCAAAUCUAAGUCUGACUGAGAAUAUCGACUCCAGUAAUUCCAUGUGCUAUCAGAAAUAUAUUUUUCAGUUAAAGUCAUUCAUCAGCUUUACCCCAAAAUAAUGCUUUUUAAUUCUGAUUAACAGAUAUGUGACUAUCACUGUCAAUUUUAUUGACUAAUAUCCUAGUUUUUUUUUUAUGGAAAAUGUUACUUUUUACUAGUCAUAAAACCAGCAGAGAAGUAUCUAUCUCUCUGGGGUGGAUUACUUAUUUUUAGAAGAGUAAAAUAAAAGUCAUCUCUUUUUUAACCAAAAAUACUGUCCAUAUCAGAUACCAGGAGAUAAUUGUCAAUACUACACUAAUACUUUCAUUGGCACACAGCUCAAUCCUAUCAUCCUUUAUUCACGUGAUGCUUUAUAACAAUUCAUGUAAUAAAGUAUAUUAGUGAAUAUCCUUCCAAUUCCUUUAAUAUCUGAAAGACAGGCUUUUACUAGAGAACUUUUUUCCAAAUGAUAUCUGUAUUUUUGAAAGAUCAUAGCUACCCUAUUAGACUUCAGAUGCUGAGUACAUUUCAAACUCUUGAAAAAAAUUAAGUGUUAGCAAAUUCUUUCAGCAAUACUUAGAAAUAAAUGAAAGCUGCUUUUAUAAGCAAUUGUAUUAUGCACUCUCUGAAUAUGAAUGCUGUGUUUUUUGUUUUUUUUUUUUACCUGUGGAUUGUGGCUUUCCUCUCUUUGCUUUGCUAGUUCCUAUGUAUUCUUGCCCUGCUUUUAUCUUUCCAGUAAAAUGGAAGUUCGUGAAUAAUAAUCUGUAUCUUUUAGUAAAUGUUCUUCCUGAGUUGGUCUAUAAAUAUUGAAUAACAGUAAUUCUCACGUCCCUUCCUUAUUCUCUGCUCAGUGCCUUCCUCUCUCUCCCUCUCUUAUGGCACCUCCCCCGCACCCCCACCACCAUGUUAAUUUGGUGGAUGGAUUCUCUGGGUAUCCAGUAGUCUAUUGGAAUCUUGAGCUAACAAACCCAAUUCUCCUAUUCAACAGGUAAUUUGUGUUCCUCUUCCAAGUAUUGCUCAGAUGUGACAUGCCCUCUCUCAGUGGUCUCAAUUGUCAGCAAAUACUGUGUAGGGCAUGAUUGAGCUCAACUCAGAUCACUCACCAUUUCUGACAGACUGAGCUCAAGCCAAUUUCCCUUCCUAUCCCUUUCCUUGAAAAUGUGUGUUUCUUUGCUAACUUACUUUGGUACCAUGUUAAUCCUUAGAAAUGGCUUCAUAAUCCUGUUUCUUGCAUUUCCCAUUUCCAAAUAGAAACAGGAUACUAAAGAAUUAGAAGGGCAAGGCCAGCAUCUGAAGUCUGAAUUAAACCCAAUGAGCAUUGGAAUAUAUAUAUUAUUCCUCCUGAAAACAUUUCAUUUGUUAUUUUGUCCAUCUCAGAGCAAAUUCUGAACAUGCCGACCAACUCACAUUUUGAAUUUGGGGUUGCAUUUGGAAAUAACACUUGGAAAUGAAUUUUUGGACAGGCACAGGAUGAUGAUGGCCAAAAGACAGAGCCUGUUUUCAAACGGAUACAUUUCAAAUGGGAUCCUUUCCAAACCAUUUCUCUUCUGUUGUCAUUUGCUUUAUUCUUAUGUGUUUCAAGAUUUCAUCUUACUAUUAAUCACAAAAAAAGUCAAGUUUAUUUCAGUGACAGAAUGUUCUUAGCAUAUUUCAUAUUCAUUAUCAGGUCUAUCUUUGCCAUUGUUUUAUUUGGAAGAUUUUAUUUUGGUAACAUGUUGAAUUUGAAGAUUAUUUUUAGGGCAGAGAGACUUCUUUGCAUUGAAGUCUUGGAGAACAUGCUGAAAGGGAGGCUUCUGAAAAAUGGGUUGCAUUGGAGAAAAGGGAGGAUCUAUAUUUGUAACAGAUUUUGGAAAGACAUUCAAGUCAGUGUGUUAAUGAAGACCAAAUGAGUAGUAUCCUUUUAAGAUGUUCAAAGUAUUAUAUUGAGAAAUUGUAUGACUUUGCUCACUUUGAACAAUGUCAGAAAUAGAAUAAAGAAAUCCUAUUUCUGGAAAGGUAGACCUAAACACUGGGUCCUAAUUCCACUGUGUUCUUAACUGGCUGUGUGAUGUUGGGUAAAUUACUUGAUCUCCCUGUAACUCGGUGUCUUCUUUAAAGUGAAGAGUGUGGGUCUUGACUCAAUUUAGACCCAGUGCUCUGAUUCCCUGUGGUGAAGCCUGCCAGUCUCCAUCUGUGUGGAAGACAGAGAAUAAUACAUUCGGGCUGAAAGAAUUGAAUAUGAAAAUGGAAGAAGGAAACAGAGCAGGGUUGAAAUCACAGAAGCUCUUCUCUGCUAAGUUAAGGCAUUUGAUCAUUAUCCUGAAACUAGGGGGUCCAAUUAAAGGAAUGUUUGCAGCCAGGUAACUGCCAGAUUAAGGUAUUAGAUAUUCAUUCACUCUAGAUUGUGUGAGACGGUGCAACUGAAAGCUGAGAGAUUAGAUUAGAGGCCUGGAGAAUUGAUGAGAAUCUGAUGAAGGCAAAAGUAAAGGAGGUAAAAUAAACAGGGUCUUGUUAAGUGGGUGAAUUGUGGUGGAGAGAAGAUUCUAGGAUAACUUCUGAGUUUCUGUCUUUGCUGUAUGGUUGAUGAUGGUCCCAGUGUCUGAGAAUAAAUGUCCUGAGAGGCAGUACAAAGAUUCCCAUUUGGUGGUUCCUCUGUGGAGGGCUAGAAAAAGUAUGUCAAUUACUGACCCUAGUGGGACUGAGUAAAACAUGAAGGAUAUUGUUCCUUAUCUUACUUGUCCCAUUAAUGAGUAUGAGCCCCACUGAAAGCCCAAUAGCAGAAUUCCUUAAAGUAAAUAAUAUUCAAUCAGUAAUAGCACUUCUAAUUUUUCUUAUACUAUAUUUUUGUUUUAUGCCCUGCUUUCAUGUAAAACUAGGCAUAGUUUUUCAUAGAAAAUCUUCCUCCCCUUUUUUUUUGGAAUCUGUCAAAAAGCUCAGACUUUUGCUUUAUUUUUUUUCCCUUUUCUCUCUUCAGUAUGGAAGGAUUAAUGAAUGCAAACUGGGUAACACAAGGGAAUUAAUUGAAAGAGCCAUGAUCAAGUUAGGCUAUCGGAUUAGCACACAUCUACCUAAGUGUAAUGGUUUAUACUUUUAUAAUUCCAUAAAAUGGUAACCAAAGUUCAUUAUAUUGUCCCCCAAGCACAGCAAAAUCCUAGUGACCAAAUGCAUUCAGUCUGUCUGCUGUAGUUGAUGCUAGACUUUCCAGGAACUGAUUUCCCUUUGGGGUUCUCAAACUCCUCCAGAAACAAUCACACUGAAAUUUGUUUCAAUUUGUGUUUUAAAUGUAUCACCUCCAACAUCUCCCAUUCACAUCGGAAAUUCUGAAUCUUUACAAGGGAGGUAGAACAAUAUUAAUAAAUCAGACUUUUUGCUUAGUCAUGAAAGGGCACCUCUGAGCCACACGCUAUGAGCAGCAGUGAAGUUUCCACAGCAAGAGGAAACACACACCUAUUAUAUCUAGGUGACUAUGUUGGAGCUUUGUGUCAGGCAAGGUCGGGGAACUUGUUAUGGACCUAUUCCACGAAGUGCCUUGAAGAUGGGAAACUUGAAGAGUAAAUUGCUUUUAGGAAAACAUGGUGUAUUGUUAGGCAGAAUUUUAAGGGCUGCAAGUAAAGAGACUUCCCUCUUUUCAUCUCAGCAUGCCAGCCUCAGAUUCCCUUAAGAAAAAAGUGAGAAAGAAGAGAAUAAAAGAAAAGAAAAUGUGACCAAACUCAAACCCAGGAGACAGGGAAAUUUGUCUGGUGUGUAUUAAAGGGUGGCUUCAACUCAGGCUGCUGAACAGGGAACCAUGUGACUUGUCUUUUUGUGAAAUGUUCCUCAGGCAGCCUGAGGGACAUUCCUGAGGCGACCAGAAACCCUCCUGUCUCUCUGGAGAGUUCUGUCUCCUAAUGCCCUCUAUUGUGGAGGCGAGAAUGGAAAUGUGUGGUCUCUGGGGAAUGCGGGAGGGAAUGGCUGGGAUGCCCAAGUCCUGGAGCCACCUUACUCUGGGAUGCCCGGAGGCACAGUGACAGCUGUGGCAAGGUCUGUCUGGAGGGACAGGGAGAGAGGACACGACCUCCCCAGCAGUGGCUUCUCUUCCUUCCCUCUCUCUACUCAUCUGUUGUUGUAAACUCAACUGCCUCAAAGCCAAUUUUCAGACAGCUAGAUCAUACUUUUUUCUCCCUUUCCAUUACCUAGCAUGAAAAAAAGUUUUAAAGACUGUGACCAACAAAACACAUUCAAUAAAUGUUUAUUGAACCAACAAAUGAAUGAGCUGAUACAUGAGAAUGCUUAGGAAGCACUCCGGAAGCUUGUGAGAAAAGCAAGAAUUGCAGCCCCCUUCCUGGAGUUGUUGAUCCAGGAGGUGGGCGGUGGCCCCAAGAAUUUGCAUUUUCACAAGCUCUGCCAGCCAUUCUGAUGCCCAGAGCUCUUGGAAGGACCCCAUAUUGAGAAGAGCUGGAGGGAAACUGGAUGCAGUGGCCUCUGUUACACCGGCAUCUGGGCAGAACAGAUUUUGUGUGAGUCGACAGUGGGAGCAAAAGGUUUUAAGUAAACAGUUCACAGGUUUUCAAAAUUCAAUCAGGAAAGAUCAUUUACAGAGAGCAGUAAAUUGAGUUCAGCUGCCUGGCUUUGGGUUGUAGAGGAUAUAAAAAUAUAAUCUGAAGAAAUGUUUCUCCCUAUUCUCUUUAUUUUCUGUUUAUUGAUAUGAUCAUUCUGUGUAAUUUACAUCAUGAAAUUUUUCAGUCCUAUGUCAAAUUUCAGAGCUUUUUUACUCCAUUGAGCUUAUAUGGGGAAAUGGUGGUGAACUAGAGCUUCCAAAUAAAUGUAGUAUCCAUGGUUAAGGUUCUGGAAUAUCAUGCAUAAGCCCCUGUGUUCCCCUAGCAUGGCCCUUGGGAUUGCAGUGGUCACUCAGGCACUUGUCCCUUAGAUUCCAGUGGCAUGUGAUAACACCAAGUGGACGUGGCCAGUUCACUUGGAAUUACGGCUGAAGCAGCUAUAAUUCAUGGGCAUGAUGCCACCCUCCCCACAUCCCCUCCUCCCUGCAGCCUUCAGAAACUCACCAGAGAGUCUGGACAGAGAGGAGGAAGAAAAGAACAUCUAGGGCUUUCAUUUGGAAAAGCAUAUUUUUACUUUUAUACUUUUAAAUUUCAAAAAUUGAUGUUUAGUAUUAAAUAUUAGAUAUGGAAGAACAGAGUGGACAAAGUUUUCUCAGCUCUUGAGUAUAUGGCAAAGAUACAGCACUACAACUGCUGGGGUGGGAUGGGUAGGGUCUAACAAAAUCUCUAGGAGGGGGACACUCAUCACACAUAAAAUUUGUGUUGACCAGCCUUUAGGAAUUCUGUCCCAACCAAUUGUCUCUGCUCUACUUCAUUUUCAGAGGCACAUGCAUAGGAAUUGCAGUUUAGGGAUAGCAUUGAUCAGUUGUGUUUCUUUUCCCCCAAAUAAUACAUAGAUAGAUAGAUAGAUCAGUGAGAAAGAAGAAAAGAAGGAAGGAAGGAACUUAUUGUGUAUAAAUCCAUUAAUAGCACCUUUUUAUAUAUUGAAUUGCCUUACACGAAGGGAGAUUUAUCCAACACAAUGAGCCUUUGGAGGAGUGUUUCUCAAAAUGUAGUCCAAGGCUGCUUGUGAUAGAAUUAGAUUCUGGGGAUUUGACCCAGAGCUACUAAGUUAAACCCUUGGGAGGACCUUGCAAAUCUAAAUUUAACAAACAACUCAGAUGACUCUUAUACCCAGCAACAUUUGAGAAUCUCCCCUUCUAACGUGUGACACUUUAGUAAAGUGAAUUGGUGCAUUAAAGUUUUGCCUCUGGCAUGACCACACUUCAGUAUCUGAUUUUUAUUGUUAAAAAUUGAGCACCUAGCAUCUCUCUAUAAAUUUAUAUAGGCUCAUAAUGUAUCCUCAUCUUGAAAGUUGUCAUGCUCUCAGAGCAUUGAAUGACUUUUACAAUUGUUUCUUAAGGGAUUAUGCAGGAAAUCUAAUUUAGAUGCCAGAAGUGUGUAGUCUGAAGGUAGUAUCCUAGACUACAAGAUGGCAUAUGAACCUCAUUUUUGUUUACUUUAGGAGACUAUACACUUUCAUGGUCAGAGGCAGAAAAACUUUGAGACAGAGAAAAAAAAAUCCUAAGUCUAACUUCUGCUUUAAUCAUAUGGCCUAAGCAAUCUCCCCUCAAAUCUGCUCCUUUUCCUUUAAACUUUCUUCCAACUGCUAGAAUUACCCAUUCACCAAAUUGCCCAAACUGGAAAACCUGGGUUUUUGCCUUUUGCCUUGUUUUCUCUCAUUCUUACAUAAUUAGCCAAUCAGUGCCAGAUUUGCUCAUAAAUAUAUCUUUGAUCCACCCCCUUCUGUCUAUUCCUAGUUCCCAAAAUCAGUCUCUCUUUUUCUUGGGCCCAAAAUACUACAGCUGCCUCCAGUCUUGUCUACUUCAAAUCAAUCCUUCCCACAGCCACCAGAAUGGUCCAUUUAAAAUGCAAGUAAGGCCAGGAUGCUGCGCGUUCUACAUUCAUCCGUGGUUCCUGUCUUCUGCGGAAUAAAAUCUAAGCUCUUGGGCAUGGAAUGAGACUGUCAAUGUCCUGCCUCUGACUACUUCUCUGCCUUCAAAGCCCAUUUUUCUCUUCCUCAAAUUGUGGAAUUCCUUAUGGCUGGGCUUUUUGCACAAAUGAUUUCCACUUCCUGGAGAACAUGAAUCACACCUUCUCCUAUCUAACUCCUGCCUGUCUUUUCAUACUCAGCUCAGGCUCAGAAAUCCUGGAUAGAAAGAGCAUUUUAUAAAAGAGAAUGUGUUCACAUCAUACCCAGCACCAAAGACCCCCAUAGGUGCUGCUGUGGGCGUCUGAUAGGCCAGCAUGUUGGCCUCACUCCCAGUAUCUCUGUGCUUCAGAAUGAGAAAAAUGAAAGUCGCCUCUCCAGAAAUGACAUCCAGUCCGAGAAGUGGUCCAUCAGCAAACACACUCAACUCAGCCCGACAGAUGCUUUUGGGACCAUUGAGUUCCAAGGAGGUGGCCAUUCCAACAAAGCCAUGUAUGUGCGAGUAUCUUUUGAUACAAAACCUGAUCUCCUCCUACACCUGAUGACCAAGGAAUGGCAAUUGGAGCUUCCCAAGCUUCUCAUCUCUGUCCACGGGGGCCUGCAGAACUUUGAACUCCAGCCAAAACUCAAGCAAGUCUUUGGGAAAGGGCUCAUCAAAGCAGCCAUGACAACUGGAGCAUGGAUAUUCACUGGAGGGGUAAACACAGGUGUUAUUCGUCAUGUUGGAGAUGCCUUGAAGGACCACGCAUCCAAGUCUCGGGGGAAGAUAUGCACCAUAGGUAUUGCCCCCUGGGGAAUUGUGGAAAACCAGGAGGACCUGAUUGGAAGAGAUGUUGUCCGGCCAUACCAGACCAUGUCCAAUCCCAUGAGCAAGCUCACAGUUCUCAACAGCAUGCAUUCCCAUUUCAUUCUGGCCGACAAUGGGACCACUGGAAAAUAUGGGGCAGAGGUGAAACUCCGGAGACAACUGGAAAAGCAUAUUUCACUCCAGAAGAUAAACACAAGAGGCCUGCCGUUUUUCUCUCUUGACUCCCGCUUGUUUUAUUCAUUUUGGGGUAGUUGCCAAUUAGACCCAAUUGGAAUCGGUCAAGGCGUUCCGGUGGUGGCGCUCAUUGUGGAAGGAGGACCCAAUGUGAUCUCGAUCGUGUUGGAAUACCUCCGAGACACCCCUCCCGUGCCGGUUGUUGUCUGUGAUGGCAGUGGACGAGCGUCUGACAUCCUGGCAUUUGGGCAUAAAUAUUCAGAAGAAGGCGGACUCAUAAAUGAAUCUUUGAGGGACCAGCUAUUGGUGACUAUCCAAAAGACUUUCACAUACACUCGAACCCAAGCUCAGCAUCUGUUCAUCAUUCUCAUGGAGUGCAUGAAGAAGAAGGAAUUGAUUACGGUAUUUCGGAUGGGAUCAGAAGGACACCAGGACAUUGAUUUAGCUAUCCUGACAGCUUUACUCAAAGGAGCCAAUGCCUCGGCCCCAGACCAACUGAGCCUAGCUUUAGCCUGGAACAGAGUCGACAUCGCUCGCAGCCAGAUCUUUAUUUAUGGGCAACAGUGGCCGGUGGGGUCUCUGGAGCAAGCCAUGUUGGAUGCCUUAGUUCUGGACAGAGUGGAUUUUGUGAAAUUACUCAUAGAAAAUGGAGUAAGCAUGCACCGUUUUCUCACCAUCUCCAGACUAGAGGAAUUGUACAAUACGAGACAUGGGCCCUCAAACACAUUGUACCACUUGGUCAGGGAUGUCAAAAAGCGAGAAUAUCCAGGUUUCGGUUGGAUCUAUUUUAAGGGCAACCUGCCCCCAGACUACAGGAUCAGCUUGAUUGACAUCGGCCUGGUGAUCGAGUACCUGAUGGGCGGGGCUUAUCGCUGCAACUACACGCGCAAGCGCUUCCGGACGCUCUACCACAACCUCUUCGGCCCCAAGAGGCCCAAAGCCUUGAAACUGCUGGGAAUGGAAGAUGACAUUCCCUUGCGGCGAGGAAGAAAGACAACCAAGAAGCGUGAAGAGGAGGUGGACAUUGACCUGGAUGACCCUGAGAUCAACCACUUCCCCUUCCCUUUCCACGAGCUGAUGGUGUGGGCUGUCCUCAUGAAGCGGCAGAAGAUGGCCCUGUUUUUCUGGCAGCAUGGCGAGGAGGCCAUGGCCAAGGCCUUGGUGGCCUGUAAGCUCUGCAAAGCCAUGGCUCACGAGGCCUCUGAGAACGACAUGGUCGACGACAUUUCCCAGGAGCUGAAUCACAACUCCAGGGACUUUGGCCAGCUGGCUGUGGAGCUCUUGGACCAGUCCUACAAGCAGGACGAGCAGCUGGCCAUGAAACUGCUGACUUACGAGCUGAAGAACUGGAGCAACGCCACAUGCCUGCAGCUCGCGGUGGCGGCCAAGCACCGCGACUUCAUCGCGCACACGUGCAGCCAGAUGCUGCUCACCGACAUGUGGAUGGGCCGGCUGCGCAUGCGCAAGAACUCAGGCCUCAAGGUAAUUCUGGGAAUUCUACUUCCUCCUUCAAUUCUCAGCUUGGAGUUCAAGAACAAAGACGACAUGCCCUAUAUGACUCAGGCCCAGGAAAUCCAUCUCCAAGAGAAGGAGCCAGAAGAACCAGAGAAGCCCACGAAGGAAAAAGACGAAGAGGACAUGGAACUGACAGCAAUGCUGGGACGAAACAAUGGAGAGUCCUCCAGGAAGAAGGAUGAAGAGGAAGCUCAGAGCAGGCAUCGAUUAAUCCCCCUGGGCAGAAAAAUCUAUGAAUUCUACAAUGCACCCAUCGUGAAGUUCUGGUUCUACACUCUGGCCUACAUCGGGUACCUCAUGCUCUUCAACUACAUCGUGCUCGUGAAGAUGGAACGCUGGCCUUCCACCCAGGAAUGGAUCGUCAUCUCCUACAUUUUCACGCUGGGAAUAGAAAAGAUGAGAGAGAUUCUGAUGUCAGAGCCAGGAAAACUGCUGCAGAAAGUGAAGGUGUGGCUGCAAGAGUACUGGAACGUCACGGAUCUCAUAGCCAUCCUUCUGUUCUCUGUCGGCAUGAUCCUUCGCCUCCAAGACCAGCCCUUCAGGAGUGACGGGAGGGUCAUCUACUGCGUGAACAUCAUUUAUUGGUACAUCCGCCUGCUGGACAUCUUCGGCGUGAACAAGUAUUUGGGCCCGUAUGUAAUGAUGAUUGGGAAAAUGAUGAUAGACAUGAUGUACUUUGUCAUCAUUAUGCUGGUGGUGCUGAUGAGCUUUGGGGUCGCCAGGCAAGCCAUCCUUUUUCCCAACGAGGAGCCAUCAUGGAAACUGGCCAAGAACAUCUUCUAUAUGCCCUAUUGGAUGAUUUAUGGGGAAGUGUUUGCAGACCAGAUAGACCGUAAGCAAGUUUAUGAUUCUCAUACACCAAAGUCAGCCCCCUGUGGACAGAAUGAGACCCGAGAGGAUGGCAAGAUCAUCCAGCUGCCCCCCUGCAAGACAGGAGCGUGGAUCGUGCCCGCCAUCAUGGCCUGCUACCUCUUGGUGGCUAACAUCCUGCUCGUCAACCUCCUCAUCGCCGUCUUCAACAACACGUUCUUCGAGGUGAAAUCGAUAUCCAACCAAGUGUGGAAGUUCCAGAGGUAUCAGCUCAUCAUGACCUUCCAUGAAAGGCCGGUCCUGCCCCCGCCGCUCAUCAUCUUCAGCCACAUGACCAUGAUCUUCCAGCACCUGUGCUGCCGGUGGAGGAAACACGAGAGCGACCCCGACGAAAGGGACUACGGCCUGAAACUCUUCAUCACCGAUGAUGAGCUUAAGAAAGUACAUGAUUUCGAAGAGCAGUGCAUAGAAGAAUAUUUUAGAGAAAAAGAUGAUCGAUUCAACUCCUCCAAUGACGAGAGGAUACGGGUGACCUCAGAAAGGGUGGAGAACAUGUCCAUGCGGCUGGAGGAAGUCAACGAGAGAGAGCACUCCAUGAAGGCUUCGCUCCAGACGGUGGACAUCCGGCUGGCGCAGCUAGAGGACCUCAUCGGGCGCAUGGCCACGGCCCUAGAGCGCCUGACAGGUCUGGAGCGGGCCGAGUCCAACAAGAUCCGCUCGAGGACCUCCUCAGACUGCACAGAUGCAGCCUACAUCGUCCGCCAGAGCAGCUUCAACAGCCAGGAGGGGAACACCUUCAAGCUCCAAGAGAGUAUAGACCCUGCAGGUGAGGAGACCAUGUCCCCAACUUCUCCAACCUUAAUGCCCCGUAUGCGAAGCCAUUCUUUCUAUUCGGUCAAUGUGAAAGACAAAGGUGGUAUAGAAAAGUUGGAAAGUAUUUUUAAAGAAAGGUCCCUGAGCCUACACCGGGCUACUAGUUCCCACUCUGUAGCAAAAGAAUCCAAAGCUCCUGCAGCCCCUGCAAACACCUUGGCCAUUGUUCCUGAUUCCAGAAGACCAUCGUCGUGUAUCGACAUCUACGUCUCUGCCAUGGAUGAGCUCCACUGUGAUAUAGACCCUCUGGACAACUCCAUGAACAUCCUUGGGCUGGGUGAACCAAGCUUCUCAGCUCCAGUACCUUCCACAGCCCCUUCAAGCAGCGCCUAUGCAACUCUUGCACCCACAGACAGACCUCCAAGCCGGAGCAUUGACUUCGAGGACGUCACCACUAUGGACACUAGGUCUUUUUCCUCAGACUAUACCCACCUCCCCGAGUGCCAAAACCCCUGGGACUCAGACCCUCCAACGUACCACACCAUUGAGCGUUCCAAAAGCAGCCGCUACCUGGCCACCACGCCCUUUCUUCUGGAAGAGGCCCCCAUCGUGAAAUCCCACAGCUUUAUGUUUUCUCCUUCGAGGAGCUAUUACGCCAACUUCGGGGUGCCUAUGAAAACGGCAGAAUACACAAGUAUUACGGACUGUAUUGACACAAGGUGUGUCAACGCCCCUCAAGCGAUUGCAGACAGAGCCAUUUUCCCUGGAGGUCUUGGGGACAAAGCGGAGGACUUAUCUUGCUGCCAUCCUGAGCGAGAAGCGGAACUGAGUCACCCCGGCUCUGACAGCGAGGAGAACGAGGCCAGGGGCCGGAGAGCCGCCGUCGCACUCUCCUCCCAAGAGGGUGAUAACUCAGACAGAACCCUGUCCAACAACAUCACGGUUCCCAAGAUAGAGCGCGCCAACAGCUACUCAGCAGAGGAGCCAAGCGCGCCAUAUGCACACACCAGGAAGAGCUUUUCCAUCAGUGACAAACUCGACAGGCAGCGGAACACGGCAAGCCUGCGCAAUCCUUUCCAGAGGAGUAAGCCCUCCAAGCCGGAGGGCCGAGGGGACAGCCUGUCCAUGAGGAGACUGUCCAGAAUGUCGGCUUUCCAAAGCUUUGAAAGCAAGCACAACUAAACCUUCCUUAACGUCUGUUGCAGGAGGCUCAAGAAUCCAGCCCUAAAAUUCUCCCCCACUCCACCUUUUCCCCCUUUCCUUUAAUCCUAUCUGCUUUAUUCCUAGCUGAGCAAAAACGAGCAAUGCUUUGGGAGGUGUUAACUCAAAGGUGACUUCUGGGCCACAGAUCAAGAAAGCAUUUGAUCUGACCCAGUGCCAAAAACAGGGGAUUUAAGGCAUGUUCACACUUGCUGGGUAGGGAGGGGGAACGAGGGGAAGAAGAAGGGUUAGAGCUGAAAGAGUGUCACCAGUCCCUGCAAAAAGCCAUGAGAGCUGGGGAACCAAGGGGCUUCAAGAACUCUCCAUGCCAGGAGGCAUCUGUUGAUUUCUGACCAUUAUCAAGAGUCUUAGAAUGCAGGGCUAAAUUGCAAAAUAAAAUAAAAUGGCCAGCAUACAAAAUGAGAUAUUCUAAACUUCCAUUCUGUUUUCUUUUCACAUUGGCUCAUCACUGGUGACUGAUGAAGAGCAUCCUUUUUAUUCAGUAUAAGCCGGCAGCAAGCAGUUCUACCUAACGUCCCACAUCCUUCUCAUGCCAACACCUCUGUAAUUGAUCAUUAUAAAGAAAAAACAAGGUAACAGUCAUAGUUCACCUGUCUCUUAUCUAUUCACUUCUGGUGCCACAACUGUUUAUCUUUUUGGAAGAAAAUAAGGGAACAGAAAUGCCUUUUUUUGUAUUGCAAUCAGAAUGAAAGAAGAGUUGAUGUUAAAAACAAAAGUCAAGUGAUUUAUUAUGUACGGAGCAAAUAUAGUCGAGCAAGCUCAGGAUGAAUGUAAUUAAAUAAUUUUCUAUUUUUUAAUUUAUUUCAUACCGUACCUGUCAUCAAUGAAUUCACUCCCUGAAUAUGUAAUAUUGAACUU